GCACCCGCACGGGCAGGGGCAGGCAGCGGAGGGAGGCGCCACGCGACGCGACGCGGGUAGAAAUAGCGGCGCGCCAGCGCCAACCCCCAGCUCCAGCUCCCCCUUGGCGGAAACAUCCCACAUUCCCACUCCCCGGGCCACCAUCCCACCACCACCUGCCUGCCUGCCUGCCUGCGCGCGCACACCCGUCUCCUCUCCUCUCCCUAGCUACCCCCACCUCCCUGUUCGUGUUACUACUGCUCUUCCCUUUCUUCCGCGCGACCAGCAGGGCUCUUCUUGCCAUCCCCUCUCCGGAGACGCGUCGAGCUGAAGGGUCCCGGCCUGGGCGCGCGCCGCGACACGGGAGAGGAUUAAAAAAUCUUGAGCCAAGAGUGGUUCAACAGACGGGUCAAACUCCUUGUGCGGGUGGUUUGGUUUGCCGCAGGAAAUUAUUUGAGACGGGGAUACUUUAUGACUCUUACCUACAGCCGCUGGUCUGUUGACUGGUCAUACUACGAGUACUUCUUUAGCAGUACGUGUAGUUCGAAACUUGUACGUUGUACGUCCACCAUGAUGCCAAAUCGUAGCUUUUCUUUGGUCAGCGUUACAGCAUCCUCCUGCGUUCCCUUUCUGUCGGUAGGAAUGCACAGAUAGUCAUUUUAUGUUCGGUUUCAAGGCAAAUCUAGCUGAGGUUUUGAGGAUUGCUAUUUGAUCUGCAUCCGGCAUCCGAGGCGUUUGUGAUGUCAACUACCCACAAUGCUUGCUUCAAGGCUGCAGUUUUGCGCUGGGUGUGUUUGUGGAAUCGUAUAUCCAGCAGGAUUUUUGUUUAAUCUGGAUUUACUAGAGGACUAGAAGACAUUUGCAAUCAAACUGCAAAAGUUUCCUCCGAGUUGGUUUUAAAAUUGGACAUGCUCUUUAUACCAGAAGCACUUGAUAACUUGGAGAUUUAGUGCAUUGGACUCUCAACUGAACCAGGAUGGCUGAUACUCCAACUUCCCGCAGGGUGCACUCCUUUGGCAAUGUACCAAGGCAGACUCCGAAACAAUUCCUCUAUUCUGGCAAUACACAGCACCUUUGUCAUCCUUAUCAGUCGGCUUCGGACACCCACGUUGUAGCACAGCAUCAUUGUACCAUGAAGUUUCAUUCGCCAGAUGCUGGUUCUGAAGACCAUAAGCGGUACACACUGGACUCCUCUGCAGCUUCUGGUUGUAUGAGACAUGAUUCUCCCACCAGUCAGAGUCUCCCAACUGGGAGUGACAGCCCUCUAUCUCAUGACAGCCACUCCGGAUCCACCAAUGGCAAUGGAUCACCUGUAAGCGCGUCAUGUGUCACUGAGGACCCUAAUGAUCUCAAGCAAAAACUGAAGGAUCUUGAGGCUGCAAUGCUUGGGACAGACUCAGAGAUAGUCAAUAGCCUCGAGAUGUCCGUUGCAAACCAACUUUCAUUGGAACCAGAGGUGUGGAUGCAGAUGAUGAGCAUGCCCAGAGGCAACCUGAAGGAGCUGCUGAUUACUUGCGCUAGAGCAGUGGAAGAGAAUAACAGUUUCGCGAUCAAUCUGAUGAUUCCAGAGUUGAGGAAAAUGGUCUCAGUGUCUGGUGAGCCUCUUGAGAGGUUGGGAGCCUACAUGGUUGAAGGUCUUGUUGCUAGGCUCGCUUCCUCCGGCAACUCAAUCUACAAAGCUCUGAAGUGCAAAGAGCCAAAGAGUUCUGAACUCCUGUCCUACAUGCAUUUCCUGUAUGAGGCCUGCCCCUACUUCAAGUUUGGCUACAUGUCUGCAAAUGGUGCAAUUGCAGAGGCUGUCAAGGGAGAAGACAGGAUCCAUAUCAUUGACUUCCAUAUCUCUCAAGGCGCUCAGUGGAUCUCUCUCCUUCAGGCCCUUGCAGCCAGGCCUAGUGGACCACCGUUCGUCAGGAUCACGGGCAUUGAUGAUUCCGUCUCAGCUUACGCCCGAGGCGGCGGCCUGGAGUUAGUUGGCAGGAGGCUGUCACACAUUGCUGGCCUGUGCAAGGUGCCCUUUGAGUUCAAUGCAGUUGCUAUCUCGGGCAGUGAGGUGGAAGAGGGACAUAUGGGCAUCGUCCCAGGUGAAGCCGUCGCUGUGAACUUCACCCUGGAGCUACACCACAUCCCAGACGAGACCGUGAGCACGGAGAACCACCGGGACCGGAUCCUGAGGCUGGUGAAGGGCCUGUCCCCGAAGGUGCUCACCCUGGUGGAGCAGGAGUCCAACACGAACACCGCCCCGUUCGCGCAGCGGUUCGCGGAGACGCUGGACUAUUACACUGCCGUCUUCGAGUCCAUCGACCUGACCCUCCCCAGGGACGACAGGGAGAGGAUCAACAUGGAGCAGCACUGCCUGGCGAGGGAGAUCGUGAACCUGGUGGCCUGCGAGGGCGAGGAGAGGGUGGAGCGGCACGAGGUCUUCGGGAAGUGGAAGGCGCGGCUGACGAUGGCCGGGUUCAGGCCGUCCCCGCUCAGCGCGCUGGUGAACGCCACCAUCAAGACGCUGCUGCAGAGCUACUCGCUCAACUACAAGCUCGCUGAGAGGGACGGGGUGCUCUACCUCGGGUGGAAGAACAGGCCCCUGGUGGUCUCCUCCGCUUGGCACUAGUGACGUGAUGUGAUAUCUGACGAAGAAUUUGUACCUCGUAGUCGUUUAGAUGUAUGCUUGGUUGAACACGAACUAUAGGGAGCUACGGCGAUACUGGGAUGGAGUAGAAUACCUUGAUGUUGUAAUGGCAACUGCCAGCCAGCCUAGAAAAUGCUGAUGAGAUGUAGUACAAGUUUGAGGGUAUAUGUUUCAGCUAAAUCAGUUGUGCUUCGAUAA